AUGCCACUUGGACUAGGUUCAAUGGAAUACAUCGCAGCGACUAUUGAUAUGAACAGAGGAGAGCGGCACAGCUUCACAUUUAUCCUCCCGUCCGCGGCUACUGCUCAGUCCUGUGCCCGGUUUGACUGGAGUGAAUACGUCUCUAGGACUCCAGAUAGUCCCAGGCAUCGAGCUAUCAUUAAAAUCGCACAGGAAGACUUCUGA